UCGUGGAGGGCGUGGCCAACGUGACGUCACUAGCGGAGGUGCGAUUAGUGGAAUCUCUGACAGGUCGAGCCUCCACCCAGCAGGUGAAACUCGGAGGUUGCGCUGUCGAUACACGUCCCACCUGAACAGAUCCAGCCAUGAGGGGGCGCUCUUCCAACCUUUGUAGUCUACUACUGUUUUCUGUCUUCAGCCUGUUGUUCGGAGCAGCUUUAGUGUCAGGAUUCAGGAUCUGCUCUUUCAACGUGAACCGCUUCAACUCAGCGAAAGCAGCAAAGCCUAACGUGCUGCACACUCUGACAAAGGUCGUCUCCAAAUGUGACAUCUGUCUCCUGCAGGAUGUGGUCGAUUCAGACGGCAAAGCAGUCAAACCUCUGCUGACUUUACUCAACAGGUGGAAAUCUACAAGGUAUGACAAACUUCCUUAUGCGUCUGUGUCGAGUAAAGUUCUGGGAAAGUCCGCUGAUAACAUGCAGCAGUACGUCUUCAUCUACAGGAGGGACAUCGUUAACGUAACGGGUCAGCACCAGUAUGAGGGGAACGCCUUCGUCAGACCGCCGUUUGUCGUCCAAUUCUACAGCAAUAAAACAGAUAUCAAGGAGUUUAUUUUGGUUCCCCUCCACAGCGAGCCGGAGCAGGCCGUCCAGGAGAUCGACUCGCUCUACGAUGUCUUUGAGAAAGUCAGUGAAAUGUGGAACAACACGAACGUGAUGUUCCUGGGAGAUUUCCACGCCGGCUGCGCCUACGUCACCCGGCACGACAAGAAGAGCAUCCGCCUCUACACCAACUCCAACUUCUCCUGGCUGAUAGGCGACGGCGUGGACACCACCGUCACCGACCUGACGGACUGCGCCUACGACAGGAUCGUGGUUCAUGGACAGGACUUCCUGAAGGCCAUCAGGCCGUUCUCUGGAAAAGUCUUCAACUUCGGCAAAGAGUUCAAGCUCAGGCGGACAAAGGUGCUGGAUGUUAGCGACCACUAUCCAAUCGAGGUGCGAUUAAAAGGCUCCGCCUUCCUCCAUCUGGCCCCGCCCCUGCUGAUCCUCCUCGGUGUCUCUGCAAUCAUCCAGUUCUUCCUUCCUGCUCUGUGAUCGUCUGAUUGAGUCUAGACACCCAUUCUCUUGUGGGUUUUAUGAAGCAGUUUGUUUACCUGAUGCUGAACCGUGAUUAUCCAGCAGCAACAAUAUGAGACAAACGCACAUAAAGAACAUUUUACUGCAGAUUUAGUUUUAGGAGAUUAGUUAUAAUCUGUGUGCCGAUUCAUUAGAUCUAAUCUAUGUUGUUUAACUCUUGACCUGCAGACACAUAAAGGCAGAAACUGGCUCCAAACUGGAGGAACAGUUGUUUUUUUACCUUUCAUGUUUUUAAAUGAGAAAUUUUAGAAUAGUUGUUUUUAUUAAAUCAGAAUUUGGGGG